AUGUCAAAUACAGGAUUGACAAGAAAGCUGACCUGAGGUAUUCUUGUGCCUUUAGUUGCAGGGAUGGUUCUGAUUACCAUAAUUGCGUCAGUUCCUUUAUACAUUCAAUACCCAACAUGAAUUGAUAAUUAUAUCAAUCACAUGAUCAACGAUCAAGGAAAUGCUAUGCUCAAUGUAAGUAGCUUCGUUGGCAAAACUGGGUCAUCGAAUGUUGUACAACAUGUAGGCAUAAUCAUAAAAUGGUGCCACUUGAGUUUUCUGAUCUUCUGGCCGAGAAUUUUCUUUUUGCAUUUUAUAAUUAUGGGGUUAAGCUGUCCCUGAGAAUUUAUCCCUGCUAUGACAGGGCCUAAAGAGCUUGCGAUGCGCAGCGCAGGGUUCCUGUGCCUUACGGAUUUCGAAUUUUAAGGAAGAAUGUCACCAACUCAAGGCGGUAGAUGCUGGAAACUUUAGAGUGCCUAACAGACCCAAGUUGGCUUUAUGAUCGAGUCUGAAGGAAGGCUGCUGAAAUUUGAACGCACGAGUCUAUGCACCACUUAGGGCGAAACCACAGUACCUGACGUAACAGAAACAGGGACGGGAGCCCAGAUAAGAAGAAGAUUAAUUUUAAUGUAAUAUACAAUAUGCAGCCAAUUUAAUGAUUAUUGCUAAUAUAUUAUUUCUUGUUAAAUAAAACAUCAAUAUUAUUUAUAUACUUUCUAAUUAAGGCUGCCCUUUUGGUAUUAAAAUGCAUAUACUCAUGGAAGAAUAUUUAGUUCAAGAUAUUCUAUCGGUAAAAAAUGAUUUCAAUUAUGAGGACAAUUAUGUAAGUGGAGUAGGCUUUGAUGAAGGCAAUAUGACUGUGCCAGGCUUAAUUGAAAAAACAAAUAUGAGCUACUAUGCAGCCAUGUGGUAUCUUAACCCUGAUAUCAAAAAUUCUUCACUUUUGCCUCCUGAAUCAUAUAGGAAUUUAAAGUCUUCAGCUGUGUUUGACAGCUUUUUAAGGCCAAUGGCACAGCUUGGGGAUGAAGCAAGCCCUUAUUUUGGAGAUGUGUAUAUAGGUUACGAUAUAGAUGGCUUUUUUUAUACAAAUCCUACAUACUAUAGAGGCUAUUUUUUAAACUAUUCAGAGAUGAAUUGCAGCUAUAACCAAGGAAGUCCAGCCCAAUUUGACCCUAGAUGCCGUCCUUGGUACGCUCAAACCAAAACCUCUACAUCUCCUAACAACCCCAGUAUUGUAUUAACUGAACCUUAUCAAUCAAUCAGCAAUUUCAAUUUAGGGCAAUCAGCAUGCACAGGGCUAUGAUACGGUAACCAAACUUAUAUUCUUACUGCCUGCAUCGAUUAUUCCCUAACUUCUGCUGAAAAUCAUUUACUAAAUGUAAGUGUCGGCGGCUCUACAUAUUCCUAUGCAUUAGCAGCUGAUGGAAGAGUCAUAAUCCACCCAAAACUAAACAGGACCUCAAACGUCGUCCCACCUAUAACCCAGCUGGAAUUUGGUAAUAACCCAGACCAAGACGAAGUUAACUAUUAUAAUGAGCACAUUUUGCCUUAUUUUAAACAAGUCAGGACUAUAAAAACUUAUUACUACAAAAAUGGGGAAAAAAUGAUGAUUGCUAUAUCCCCAAUGUUAUGUUGUUAUGCUAAGAUGCUAUGUAUUUUAAGUCCCUACUUCGCCGUCGUGACGUUCUACAGGGAUUAACCCCAUAGGGUGGCUAAGGCAUGGCCGCUUCAAGCCCGGGCCGAAAACCCCCGGUUUCUCGGUAGAGGUGAUGGUCAAGGGACAGCUCAUACUGUCUUCGCUGACCGCCUCCAUUUCCAACUUGACUCGUCGCCCUGAAUCUUGCGCCAACUCUGUCCGUACGUCGCCAGAUCUGCCCACUGAAGGGCACCUUUUAACUGGAGAGACCCUCGAUUUCUCGUCUAAUUUGCCUUCCCCUCUUUUUACGGUAAUCCCGAGAAAGAACUCAACAGCUUUCGCCAUUCGGGGCAAAGCACAGAAGCAGCCUAGGCAGGUAUGUCGCCCUGCCUCAUUUAGGGCACCCACUGGGGGCUGGGCGCUGCUGGCAAAAAGGAGUCACGAAAAACUGCUCAAGGGUCCUUCUGGUCACAAAAACAGCGGUCUUUGCGCUUAGACCUCUCGCCUUGAGGUCCCAAGACAUAGCUGGGCCAAUUCCUGGCUCCAAAAACCAUGCCCGGAUAUACACGGGUAACCGUCUCGAGAGGACGGGUCGGACGUCAUCCGCCAUUUUAUGUAUAUGCUAUAUCCCCAAUUUUAAUUAAGCAGGAUAUUGAAGAGCACCAAACCCACUGAGCGUCAAUAGGAAUUGUAAUGAACCAAAAAGAGAUGACAAAAGAUGUAGAAGGGCUCAAAGAAGACUGUAAUAUAUUGCUAUAUGUGGAGUAUGGAAUUUUUGGAAGCAUUGAGCUGAUUAUUGCUGUUCUAUGCUACUAUUUAACAAAAAAUAUCGCCAGGACCAUUGUGGCGCCUAUAGAUAAAUUAUCAGAAAUUUUAGAUAAACUUAUUAAGCAUGACUUGGGAUUAGAUAUAAUGGAACAAUAUGAGCCAGGCCCUCCAGAAAUAAACGCGCUAUAUGAGGUGUUUGAUAAGCUUAGAGUUGUGCUUAAACUUCAUGAUCCAAGCCAGUUUAAGCACGAAACAAAUGCUAUGAUGAAUUACGCCCAAGCCCUCAAUCUUUUUAGUAAAUUCAGAAAUAAAAAAGCAAUGGAACUUUGCUAUAGAGAGCUUGGGAAUAUUCAUUUUAGGUCUGAGCGGUAUCAAGACGCUGCUUUAAGCUAUUAUAACUCUUAUAGAAUAGCUAAACAGAUUGAAGGGUUUCCAGAGCAGGAAAUGGUAAAAAGGAAAACCCAAACUGCCAAAGCAAUGAUGAUAGCAGGCGUCAGAAAAGAAGAAGCCAUGGAGAUGUUCCACGAAGCCAUUGAUUUUUACCAAAAUUCGUCAAAAGAUUCAGUUGACGUCAUUUUAUGCCUGCUAGAAAAAAUUGAAGGGCUUUUUGCUAUUGGAGAAAACACAGAAUUCGUACUUGAUGAAACUGAAAAGCUCCUUAAGGCAAGGUUUUCUGUAAGCUACCAAGAUAUUUUGCAGCAGAGAUACUUGUUUUUUAGAGCCCUGCAGUAUGAGACACAAGAAGACUACCAAACUGCAAGCAGGCUUUAUGUGCUGUGUUUAGAAAAUUUUAUGGAAUUUGACCCAAUGAUAAGAAAAAAAUCAAUAGAAAGGCUGAUUGAGAUUUUUGAGAUGAAAAAUCUGCCAGUAGCUGACCUUGUAGUGCUCAAAGAAGAAAUGGAAAAUAAAAGCAAAGACAUUGCGUUGAUUGUUGAUACGAAAUUUGAUGGGAAAGAGUUCCAUCAUCUUAUAUUAUGGCUAAUAAGCAGUGUUGUGGAUACUAAAGAUAGGCUUUCAAUUAUAAAUUUUGACGAUGAAUUCCAUAUAUUGUUUAACUUAACAAAAAAACCUGCAAAACAAAUUGAGUUUCCGACCUUGGAUUUAAUGAACCAAGGAGGAAAAUCAGUUCUAUAUGACGGAAUCAAUGCAGGGAUUGAACAACUCUAUUCUUUCCGAUCAGAAAACACUACAUUUUUAGGACAAGAAGAUAUUCGUCACAAAUGGAUAAUUGCUAUUUGUAAUAGUGAUGAUAUUGGCAGCCAAAUUUCUUUUGCUGAGAUUUCUAAAAAGAUUAGAGACUCUGGGGCUCGCUUAUACUUAACCAAAUUAAAUUUCUGUCUUGGCUUAGCUUUUUCUUAUUAUAGAAAAUAUUCAUUAAUUUAAAUUUUUAAAUUGAUAUAAAUAGAUAUAAUAAUUUUUUAUAUAAAUUCUGACCCAUCCCCACACUCUCAGCUUGAAUCUUUGAAGAACUACAGCAUAAGAGGAAUAUUUCUAUCAGCUUAUUCCCAAACUGAGAUAAGACGUGCAUUCCAAAGGAUUGCUGCUAUAAUCUGUCCAUUCAAACUAUUUUUGGUUAAUUAA